CCCCUCCCCCCUCGUCGCGCAACUUGCGGCCAAAGUUUCCCUCCGGGUUCGGGGGCGCCCGCGCGCGCUCGAAUGGUGAGCCACUAAGUUGGCCUGGGCAGCGGGGCCCGGCCAUGGCCCCCGCAUCGCCACUGGGUCCCCAGGACUCCGGACCACGGGACCUGGGCGCCCCAGACUCACGCCUCUAGCGCGCCCCCGUCGGCCGCGGGCACGCGUGGGAAAGUUGGCCUGGAACCGGCCCGACCAGUUCCUGCCUGGCGCGCGGACCGGCCGCAGGAAGUUGCCGCAAAACUUUUUGCGGGGGGGGGGGGUGCGACCGGAGCCCCCCGAGCGCGCGGGCUACAUGCGCCCGGGGUAGCCGGGUUCCCCUCGGGUCGCCAGGCGUGCCCAGAGGGGACGGACUCGUCCCGGGGCGCCCCGGCCCUGCUGUCCCCGGGGCUAUGGCCAUGGUGACCGGUGGCUGGGGCGGCCCCGGAGGCGACACGAACGGCGUGGACAAGGCUGGUGGGAGCUACCCACGCGCGACCGAGGACGACUCGGCGUCGCCUCCCGGAGCGACCAGCGACGCGGAGCCGGGAGACGAGGAGCGUCCGGGGCUGCAGGUGGACUGCGUGGUGUGCGGGGACAAGUCCAGCGGCAAGCACUACGGCGUGUUCACCUGCGAGGGCUGCAAGAGUUUCUUCAAGCGCAGCAUCCGCCGCAAUCUCAGCUACACCUGCCGGUCCAACCGUGACUGUCAGAUUGAUCAGCACCACCGAAACCAGUGUCAGUACUGUCGCCUCAAGAAGUGCUUCCGGGUGGGCAUGCGCAAGGAGGCCGUGCAGCGCGGCCGCAUCCCGCACGCGCUUCCGGGCCCCGCGGCCUGCAGCCCCCCGGGCGCGACGGGCGUCGAGCCGUUCACGGGUCCUCCGGUGUCCGAGCUGAUCGCGCAGCUGCUGCGCGCUGAGCCCUACCCCGCAGCCGGACGCUUUGGCGGCGGCGCCGCCGUGCUGGGCAUUGACAACGUGUGCGAGCUGGCGGCCCGCCUGCUGUUCAGCACGGUCGAGUGGGCCCGCCACGCGCCCUUCUUCCCCGAGCUGCCUGCCGCCGACCAGGUGGCGCUGCUGCGACUCAGCUGGAGUGAGCUCUUCGUGCUGAACGCGGCGCAGGCGGCAUUGCCACUGCACACGGCGCCGCUGCUGGCCGCCGCGGGGCUGCACGCCGCGCCCAUGGCUGCCGAGCGCGCCGUGGCCUUCAUGGACCAGGUGCGUGCCUUCCAGGAGCAGGUGGACAAGCUGGGCCGCCUGCAGGUGGAUGCUGCCGAGUAUGGCUGCCUCAAGGCCAUCGCGCUCUUCACGCCUGGCUCCCAACUGGACCCAAGGCCACGCCCUCAGACUGACCACGCCCCCACCUCAGCCUCAGGCAACCCUCUCUAGCCAACCUGGGACACUCCAGCCAGACUGAGAGGACACUGCCUCAGGCCACACCCUUUUGACACAGGUGAUGCUGCACUCUGGCUUAACACUACCCCAGACCCCUACUCAUAUCAUACCCUGCCAUAGACCUCACCCCAGGUUCCUGACACUGCUCCAGGCCAUGUACCAGGCUGCUUGAGACUGCACUCUGCAUCCUCCUCCUGGUGUUGCCCCAUCAUGCCCUCAAACUGAUCCAGACAGUACCCUACUGGACCCUGAAACAGUAGGAAGAUACAACUCAGGCAGGCUCCAGGCCAUGCUAUUAAUGCUACUCUUUACCCAGGCCCACACUCACAGGGCAGACCUCUGAGCUCCUGCCUCUGUUCUGGAGCCAUACCCCACAGGGCCACUCUCCCUGAUGACAUGCCUUUGCUGCGGUAGGGGAAGACAGUGUAACAUUUUAGUGACCCCGAGGUGUGAGCUGAGAAAAGAGACCAGCGAGUUCUCGGACUGUAUGGAUUACAGGUUCAGACCUUGUCCAAUCCCCUCCUGAGAGAACAAAAGGGAUAGCUGGGCACUGCUAUGGAGCGAGGCCUUCCGGUGGGCGUGGCUGAGGGAGAUCCUGGCCUGGAGUCUCCUCCCACAAAAUGGUGUAGAGUAGUGAUGCCCCUCCCUUUAGCCAUGUGUGGAGCAGCAUUCCCGAGCCCGUUCCUUCGGUUCUACAGGCUAGUCUGGUGGACACUGACUUACAUACUCCCAUAUGUGCCCUGGGAUCGCAGCUUUGUUCAUGCCUGCCUCCGGUGGCAUCCUUAGCCUCUCCCCUGUAGGCCUCUGGCCCUACUUCCCCAACCGUGACUGCCCUUGUCCCUGCUUCCUGCAGAUGCCUGUGGCCUUUCUGACCCAGCCCAUGUGGAGAGCCUGCAGGAGAAGGCACAGGUGGCCCUCACCGAGUAUGUGCGCGCCCAGUACCCAUCACAGCCCCAGCGCUU